GGAAGCACCGUCCCAAGAUGGCGGCGUCCAUCGCGAAGUAUCAUUCUCUUACUUUCUGCUGGUAAAUAUAGAGAUUUAAAGCGCUGUGGAGCGCGGUAAACCGCGGUAAAGCGCUGCGAGAGGCUGUAACAGGCCGCGGGGGAGCGGGGGGAGCCCGGCCGCGGUGUUUAUCCGCCGGGGGCUGAUGUAUUUCUCCGGCUGAGGGUUCAGAGCUCAGCCCGGGUCUCCGGCCAUGGCCACCGAAAACAAACUCCAGUUCUGGAGGAGGAACGCUAAGGGUCCCGGCAGUUUGCAGCCGAUCUAUGGAGCGCAGUACCCUCCGCUGGACCCGCGGGUACUCCGCUCGUUUUUAAAAGACACUCCAAAGACAAACGCUGUGAACAUCAAAUCGAAGAAGCCGUCCACGUUCCACGAGUUUGCUCGCAGCACUAACGAUGCGUGGGACAUCGACGAUGAGGAAGACGAAGAUUUCUUCCCUUCAUCACAUCCCUCUUCUCUUCCCACGCAAUCACACUCCAAACCCCAGACGCCUCGCCUCAAAGUGUCCAAACACUCCCCUCACACUGAGCCCCAGUCUCCGCCCCAGUCCCAGCCUCAGCCAAUCGACUGGCAGGAACCAAUCAGCACAGAGCCCUGCCAAGAUCAGCUGAGGAUUGACGAUGAACCCACCAAUGGCAGAGUGGUAAAGUCCAAUAGUGAUGCUCACCUGAACACCAGUACAGUGCGCAACACUCUUCAGAAGCAGCAGUCACUUCCUGUACGACCCAUCAUCCCCCUGGUCGCCCGCAUUUCGGACCAGAAUGCAUCAGGAGCUCCGCCCAUGACCGUGCGGGAGAAGACGCGGCUGGAUAAGUUCAGGCAGCUGCUGGCCAGUCCUAACACAGACCUGGAUGAAUUGCGGAAGCACAGCUGGUCAGGAAUCCCUCGAGAAGUCCGGCCAAUCACUUGGAGGCUUCUUUCAGGUUACCUCCCCGCUAAUAUGGAGCGCAGGGAGCUGGUUCUCCAAAGGAAGCGAGAGGAGUAUUUUGGCUUCAUUGAACAGUAUUACCACUCCAGAACAGAUGAGCACCACAGAGACACCUACAGACAGAUUCAUAUUGAUAUCCCCAGAACAAACCCACUGAUCCCAUUGUUCCAGCAGCCGCUGGUCCAAGAGGUGUUUGAAAGGAUUCUUUUUAUCUGGGCGAUUCGGCAUCCGGCCAGCGGUUACGUUCAGGGCAUCAACGACCUCGUCACGCCGUUCUUCGUCGUCUUCCUCUCUGAGUUUGUGGAGGAGGACGUGGAGAACUUUGAGAUGGCUGCAUUGCCGUUGGACACGCAGCGGAACAUCGAGGCGGACAGCUUCUGGUGUAUGAGCAAGCUGCUGGACGGAAUACAGGAUAACUACACGUUUGCUCAGCCUGGUAUUCAGAAGAAAGUGAAGGCUCUGGAGGAACUGAUCAGCAGGAUCGAUGAGGACAUCCAUCUUCACUUUCAGAAGUGUGAGGUGGAGUACCUGCAGUUUGCCUUCCGCUGGAUGAACAACCUGCUGAUGAGGGAGCUUCCACUGCGCUGCACCAUCCGUCUGUGGGACACCUACCAGGCCGAGUCUGAGGGGUUCUCUCAUUUCCACUUAUACGUGUGUGCGGCGUUCCUAAUAAAGUGGCGCAAGGAGAUUCUCUCCAUGUCUGAUUUCCAGGGGCUUCUCAUGCUUCUGCAGAACCUACCCACAAUACACUGGGGCAACGAGGAGGUGGGUUUACUCCUGGCUGAAGCCUACAGACUCAAGUACAUGUUUGCGGACGCUCCCAGACACUACAAAAGAUAAGGACUUCCUCCAUCACUGAUGAACUCAACAGUGACCCACAGUGACCCACAGUGACCUACAGUGACCCUCGUGCUCGCCCUCAAGUCUGGAGCCAUUUCUUUAAUCUGCUGUUACUUUAAUCUGACUGAGGGCUGAACCUCAGGAGGGUCUUCAGGCUGCAGGACUGGAAGGAAAAGAAUGAUUCUUCAACGAGAUCCUCAACAGGAAGCAGCGUUUCUAGAGAACGAAUAUCGAACUUCGGCGAAAGUCUUCAGUAGAUCAUUUUUUCAGCGGAGGAAAAACCACUGAGAAACUCUUCCAAGGAUUGAUUUUUAUGUGAAAAUUUUAUCGUAACUAAUCAAAAGCGAUAAAGGAGAAAGAGGCGUGGCCAAUUUUCAGACACUUUAUGAUCUUUAUGAUGCUUUUUUUUUUUUUUAAAUAGUAGUAAUUUUUUUAAGACCAUUUGAAUUGUAACCGUUGAAUGUUAUCCAAUGAGUUUUACAUACAUAGACGACGUUUCCAUGUGCGCUGUUGACCGAACCGCCUGUUCCUGCUGAAAAAGGAAAGCUGAUGAUUGGUCAACAUGGCUGUUCCUGCAGUUCUGCGGUACUAAAGCAGCUAUUCAGGAACAUUUCUGAUGAUGAGAUGCAGCGGUACAAGUCAUUAGCUCAUAAUGAAGAGUCUCUGCGCUUAUAAAAGACUGUGAAUUGUGAAUUUAAACAAUCAAGGACAAUAUCCUGUCCUACUUUCUAAAGGUGGCCUAGCUUUGUAUGAACCCCAAUAUUAUGUUGCACAAAUGUUUAAGGCUAGAGGUGUACUUACUGUUGUUUGGCCGUGCGCUCAUAUAAAAAAGUGAAUCUUAGAAUUUUUUAUACUUCUACAUACAGCUCUGGGGAAAAAAAAGUAAAAGAUCACUUAAAAAUGUGUUUUUUCCUUGAUUUUGGCAAAUUAAAAAACAAUCCAUCAAACCACCAAACUGAACUGCUUGAAUUUCUGCACCAGGAGUAAAGCAGCAUAAAGUUAUCCAAAAGCAGUGUGUAAGACUGGUGGAGGAGAACAUGAUGCCAAGAUGCAUGACAAAAACUGUGAUUAAAAACCAACCAGGGUUAUUCCACCAAAUAUUGAUUUCUGAACUCUUAAAACUUUGCAUUAUUUGAGGUCUAAAAACUCUCCAUAUUUUUUAUGUCAGCCAUUUCUCAUUUUCUGCAAAUGAAUACAACAUUUUUUUUGUUUUAAGAGAGCACUUUAGCAAAAUCAGAGAAACUGAUUCAGAAAUUAUUUAUAGGUUUAUGUUUGAGUAAAAUGAACAUUGUUGUUUUAUUCUAUAAACUACAGACAACAUUUCUCCCAAAUUCCAAAUAAAAAUAUUCUCAUUUAGAGCAUUUAUUUAUUAGCAGAAAAUGAGAAAUGGCUAAAAUAACAAAAUCAGACCUCAGACCUCAAAUAAUGGAAAAAAAAUCAUAUUCAUAAAGUUUUAAGAGUUUAGAAAUCAAUAUUUGGUGGAAUAACCCUGUUUUUUCUGUUCUCCUCCACCGGUCUUACACACUGCUUUUGGAUAACUUUAUGCUGCUUUACUCCUGGUGCAAAAAUGCAAGCAGUUCAGUUUGGUGGUUUGAUGGUUUGUGAUCAUCCAUCUUCCUCUUGAUUAUAUUCCAGAGGCUUUUUAAUUUGGUAAAAUCAAAGAAACUCAUCAUUUUUAAUAAGUGACCUCUUAUUUUUUGUGUCAAAGUUGUAAAUCAUAUAGCUGAUGCUACGGAGGGCUACAGUCCGUACAAGAGCACAUGGUAAGCAGCACAGUACACAGUAUAUCUCUACCUUUAAAAGUUUAAAAAACAGGCCGGUACUCUUUUUGUUUUUUGUUUUUUUUACUCUUUUUUUAAAGAGUUUACUACUGAUGAGGUGAUACGGUGAUGCUGUGGCAUGCUCAACAUAGCUUCAAAUAUUGCAUUAUUAAUAGGUUACAGUAAUAUGGGGUGGCAUUAUGCAACUGAAGGCUGGUUUUGCACCAGUUUUGGAAAAUAGAAAAAAAAUACUACUGAGUCGGUGAUGCAACCUGAACUGUGUGGAAGUGGAAAAGCUCUGGUGCAGCACAGUCUGCUGCCUGUUUGCCGACGCCCUGAAAAAAACUGCUGGUAGAAACGAGUCGUCCUUUCACGCUGAUCCAGGAUCAGCUAUUUCUGCCCAAAGCUUCCCUUUAAUCACUGUGGGGAAUAAUCAGAACUGAUCUCAGAUCAGUGUGAAAGUACAGGGGUUGGACAAUGAAACUGAAACACCUGGUUUUAGAGCACAAUAAUUUUCCUUUCAGACAGCUUCCUCUUACAGCGUCCACAGUUAAUCCUGUUGGAUGCGGUUGGUCCUUCUUGGUGGUAUGCUGACAUUACCCUAGACACCGUGGCUCUUGAUGCAUCACAAAGACUUGCUGUCUUGGUCACAGAUGCUCCAGCAAGACGUGCACCAACAAUUUGUCCUCUUUUGAACUCUGGUAUGUCCCCCAUAAUGUUAUAGUGUGCAUUGUAAUAUUUAGAGCAGAACUGUGCUCUUACCCUGCUAAUUGAACCUUCACACUCUUACUGCUCUUACUGGUGCAAUGUGCAAUUAAUGAAGAUUGAACACCAGGCUGCUCCAAUUUAGCCAUGAAACCUAAAAUCCCACACUAAAAUGAUGACAGGUGUUUCAGUUUCAUUGGCCAACCCCUGUAAUGCUGCUGUUGCUUCAGCUGAUUUCAAGUGGUUUUACUGAGCUUGUGGGAAAGUAGUAGGUAGUUUUUUCUCUAUAAGGUGCUACAUGAAUCAUGUAGUGUUUUAGACCCCGCCCACAUGUAUCUACACAUAUGAAAAAAAAACAGCUUUUAAUAUUUUAAUAGGUUUUAGUCUUUGAUUUGACUUCAUGUCCACUUAAAAAAUGCCAUUUACAGACAUUAAAAACUGAACUUUUUUUUUUUUUUUUUUUUACUUUCUCAAGCAUAUAUAACUUACAUUAUUACAGAUUCUAAAUAUAAAAACAAUACUGUAUAUUUGUAAUAGAAACAGUAUUUACAUUUGAAAAUCUAAAAUCUAGUGUAGCUAAAAUAUAAAAUCUAGUUUAUAGAUGCUGUAGUUUUGGGAAGUAAGUAGUUACUCCUUACAUAGGGAGUAAGAAAAUAUUUGAGAUGACAAUCAGUGAUGUUUUGGAGAAGGGCUGCAUGAUAUUGGAAAAAAUUUACAUUGCAAAUGUCUUUUUUUUUUUUUUUUAACUAUAUAUAUUGUGAUAUUAAACAAUAAAGGGCCCACCGAUUUAAACAGCAAUCGGCCCUUUAAUCAGGCAUUUAAAUGUUUUUUUUAAAAAGGUAAAUACAUUUUUAAUACAUUUUUCUAGCAGUAAAAGCGUGAAUUCUGCUGUAACGUGCUCACGUUUACAAGCAUGUGCCCAGCCAUGUGGAUGGAGGCCACGCGGUUGCUUUUGUGGAGAUGCAGAUUUCAUUUUCCAGCAGGAUUUGGCACAAUGCCCACACUGCUUAAAGUACCAAUUGGUCUUAUUAUUAUAAUAUUCUAAUUUUCUGAGAAAUCUACAUAUAAUCUAUAAUUAUCAUUUAAUAUAUAGAUACAUGUGGACAUGGUCUUUAAUGUAACAACAGCAAUACUAAUUUCCUCAAAACAACAACAAAAAAAUGGUCAUUCUUGAUAAUGAUAAAGCUGUUUACCAUUCUUCAAUUUCUCCACAUUUCUAUUUCUGGUGUUCUGGUGUCCAAAAAACACUUAAAAUCAGACCAAAAUUGAUAAUUUCUCAUUAUAAACUACUGUAUAAUAACCUCCUGUAGAGAAAACUACCAACCACUUUCUCUUAAAAGCAGCAGAAGACAACUUUCCCCAACCACUGUAAGCACAGAAGGCGAGAAAGCUUUCCAGGUUUUCUUUUUUUUUUUUUUUUUAAGUAGAUAUAGGUAAAUAUAUCUUACCCUCUUUGGCCUUUGAUUCCAGAAUAGAAUUAUGUGGAAAUGAUGUAUACUUGAAUUCCAAUGACUAUAUAAAUGUUUUUGCUUAUUGUUUCACUUGUUUGAUGAAAUUCUUUUCUUUCUAAUAAAAAAAAUGACCAGGUGAGCGAA